AAGCCAAAGAACUCAGGGCAGAGGGCAGAGGCGGCAAAUCAGGCUUGUUGUCUGCUAUAUUAUUUUAUAGAAAUUAAUCAUUAAUGAUUAAAAAAUAGACCAAGAAGCGUCAUCGAACAAAUAAUAAUGAGUUGUGCCGGAAUUUUGACUGCGUUUUCGAGCUUGACAUUACACAAUAUUCGCACCACAGUGAGAAGAAAUAUUUCUACCAAUGUGAAUCCGCUCUGCUUCAGAGCCACUGCUGCACUAUUUGCGGAGCCUUUGAAAAAGAAGAGACGGUUGGAUCCGGCGAUCAUAAGAGCAAGAGAGGAGCGAAGGAAAAGGAAACUCGAGAAAGCGAUCAGACGCCUAGAAAAGAAUGCCAAACAAUUGAAACCCAUAGCUGAUUUGGAAAUUCCUUUCAAAUUGAUUGACGAAAGAGCCACAAGAAUACGGAACCUGCCGCCGGUGUCGCAGGCUGUGCAAGAAGAUAGAAUCCUCACAGGGAAGGAAUGGACUAGAUACAAAUUGAAACAACGCAUGGCCGACCUUCAAAUGCUGGAUACCAUAAGUUUGUCUCAACAAAAAGCUCUGGAUGAACUCAGAGCCGAAUCUGAAGAACUUUACAUGCAAGCAAUACAGGUUGAUAAUGCCAUGGUGCCGUUAACGAUCGUGGGCCCGAAAAAUACUCCCUCAAUAAUGCAUUACGACAGUCCGGAUGGUGAAUACGUAGACGUAACAAAGAAAUUCGAAGGAGAAUAACGAGGUGGGAACAAAUAGAAAAAAAAUAAACGAAGAAUUCGAUCGUUCAUUUUUUGGAGCUGGUCAGAAUUUGUCAAAUAAACAAAAUCUUUACAAA